UAUUGUAAAACCCCCCAAAAUUUCCACAAAACCCUACCCUCCACCACCAAAAACCCUAACUCCCAAAAAUGUCUCUCAACGCUAUCUUUCGCAGAUCGGCGCCUCUGGCAGCUCGAUUACUGACCACCGGUCAAACCAGAUGCUUCACCCACCAAAGCGGCGGCAGCGCUGCUCUGUUCACCGCCGUCAAUCACCUCAUUUCCGUUGACAAGUUUAUGGCUCAGCAAUCAUUUUCUUAUUCCGCUUCACCUGCUGUGAAACGACCUAGUUCUGAUGAUUCAUUGAUUCGUGUUAUUGAAUCGGAAAUCAAAUGCUCUGAAGAUAGCUUUGAGGAGGUAGAUGAUAUUCCCGAGGGUUUCCCUUUUAAGAUCAGUGAUAACCCUGGACAGCAAACCGUAACUUUAACCAGAGAAUACCAAGGUGAAACUAUCCACGUUGAAGUCGAACAAUCUAGCCUUGUUACAGGUGAGGAAGACGAUGAGGAUGAUGAUGCUGAUGAUGAUACUGAAAAAGACAAUCAAGCAAGUCUACCGAUGAUUGUGAAAGUCUCUAAAGCUGGUGGGCCCUGCUUAGAAUUUGGUGUCACUGCUUAUGCUGAUGAGAUUGUCAUCGAUAGCUUGUCUGUGAAAGAUCCAGAUAUGACUGAAGAUCAACUUCCUUAUGAAGGACCUAGAUUUGAUGAAUUGGAUGAGAACUUGCAAAAGGCGUUCCACAAGUAUUUGGAAAUCAGAGGAAUCAAGCCCGGAGUCACAAACUUUAUGCAUGAAUACAUGGUGAACAAGGAGCACAGAGAGUAUACAAACUGGCUGAAGAACCUUAAGAAGUUUGUGGAGGCUUAAAAAGUAAUGCUUCCUCUGAAGUAAUUUUGAUUCUGAUAGCCCCUUAUGGAUAAACAUAUAUUGAAUGCUUACGGGUUUUGAACUAUUAGGUACACCUAUCCAUGAGAAUAUAAAUAUGCUGUUUUAGCGUAUAAUGAGUUUUAACUCUUUUGUAAGUUAAUGUGGAACCGUAAACUAAUAAUGAUUAUGGUUUAAUGAA